CUCCGCUCCCUUUCGUUCCCACGCAUUUGCGAAGCGCGCGCUGCACGUGAAACUCCCCUCGUUCGUCAAUGUCACCCCGACAGAAAGGAAGAAACUACUGCUGCGUCGUUAACUGUCACAAUAACCAUGGAAACACGAAGGGGUCGACUCCACCAGUGAAAUUCUACCGAUUCCCAAACAGAUGGUACGAAAAAAGCAGACGACAGGCAUGGAUUACAGCAGUGCGCCGAAAAAAGUAAGUAAACAAUUUUUUUAUAAAAAUGAGCACGCGCACGAUGCAUUCAACAUAACGGGUGUUAAUUCCUGCGUCACCACUCCUCUAAUCGAUCGAGUUACUGAGAGAUACACAUCCCCAUCUUAAAAGUACAAAUUACUAUAACGCUUUCAACUUCCGUCUUUAGAGCACUGUUAAAAAAUUGUGAAGAAAUAUCUUUAUGCUGCUACUAUUAUUCGAUAUUGUUGGGGACGCAGUAGUUGAAGCUGUGUACACAUGUGGUAUUUGUGAUGUGUGGUCAUAUAGUUUUUAUAUCUACGCAGCGCCGACGGAAGCGUGUGGUUGCCAAAAGCUUGGACAAUGAUUUGUAGCAGACAUUUUGUGGGAAACUGCAAAAAUGAUUCAAGUCUGCACCCUUCGUAUGUGCCGACAGUGUUUCCAGCGGCUUACAAGAAACGGGCGCCUCACGCAGAAACGGCGCAGAGGUGGAGGCGUCGUUCUGUGAGGGCAGCCAGAUCAGCACAAAAUUCCGUGGAGCAGGCUGUGCCGCAAGGUGUUGCUCAAGAUGACCCAGCAAUGCAAGAUGAAGAGAACUCCGUUUUCCUCGAUGUCUAUGACACGCUUUCGAAUGAUUUGGAAUCGCUAGAGACGCCUCUCGCACCCACCAAUAAUGGCGAUCCGCAGCCUUCGGCAGGAGCCUGUGCAACAGGAAGGCAAGCUCAUCCAGCUACACAGGCUGAUGCUGCGUGCCAAACAGAACCAGGAUCCCAAGGAAAUUUGAUUAUCCUCCUGUCAGCAACAAAUGGGUCUGAGGCCUCAACUCAAGUUUCUCACAGUAAACAGUGCGACAAGGUGACUACGACUGAUGGAAAUUGGAAGAAGAAAUGCGAAUUUUUAGGGUUUGAGACACUCAACCAAAACGAGACUGCCUUGCGAGAUUUAUGCGGAGUCACCAUGCAAGUCUUUAGUCUUUUGCUCAACAUUCUGCCAGAGCCCAGCUACCGAAGCACGGACAUGACUCGGGAGGACAAGUUCUGUCUUUUCUUGGCCAAGCUUAAGCUGGGGGUUAGCUUUAAUGCAUUAGCUGCGAUUUUUGGAGUGUCAAAAUCUACUUCGUCAUGCGCAUUUAUAAGUACGCUCGACAUACUUAGCGCAGCUUUGCAGGAGUGGGUAUUUGUGCCACCAAGAGCUAUCAUAAGGCAGUGCCUGCCACAGCCGUUCAAGGAAAACUAUCCGGAAUGUACAUUUAUUAUUGACUGCACAGAAGUUCGAGCUGAAACGCCAUCGAAGCCUGACUGCCAGUACAUACUCUACUCUAAUUACAAAGGAGGUUAUACACUGAAGGUCCUCGUUGGUAUAAUUCCAAAUGGAAUGAUCGCCUUCUUGUCAGACACUUAUGGUGGCCGACAAACUGACUCGUUUAUUACUCAGGACUCGGAUUUUUUUAAACAUGUACAAAAAGGCGAUGUUAUCUUGAGCGAUAAAGGCUUUCCACGCAUCCGGACAGAUGUGGAGGACAAAGGUGGCGUUAUUGUGAUGCCUCCCUUCAAUUCAGGAGGAGGUCAACUUUCCCAAGAAGACAUGGAUACAACAUAUAAAAUUGCAUCCGUGCGUAUACAUGUCGAGCGGGUUAUUGGCAGAUUGAAAAUAUACAGGAUCCUGCGCAACACAGUUCCCAUAACUUUGGUGCCGCACAUGGACAAAGUGUUCCGGGUAUGUGCCGCCUUGGUUAACAUGCAGCCACUGAUAAUUCAAAAAAAAGAAUGAGUGUCUUUUCACCACAGACAACUGUCUGUGGUGGUUCUUAAGUGAAUUUCGCUCAGAAAUUAUUUUUAUAUGAACUCAAUUCUUAAAGAGAACUUUACCGAUGAAUCAAG